GUAAGCCAGUACUACGGAAUCAGCUGGAAGGGGAAAUCCGAGUCCUGGAGCUGCAAAUGUGUCUGGUAAUCUGGUAUCGAGCUAAACUAACGGGGCUUCUCGUGCGGACGGUUUGUUUGAGUGUAAAUAAACACAGCUAAGUUCUCUGCAAGCCUUGUUUAAGCAAACGACGGGUGAAGUACGUGUUUAAAUGGUGAUUUAGAUCCUCUCGCUCUCGUUGCGUGUUUGCUUCGCUCUUUCCGUUCUGUUUUGCGAAUAUCCUUUCGGUACAGUCCUCGGUAUAGCAAGGGCCAACAAGGCGAGCGACAUCUGUGCUAGCGCACAGUCGGAGUAGCAACGACGAUGUCCACGGAAAAAGGUGCGUGAAUAUUGUCGUGUAACGCGAGGAGAAAAUUAAUUUAGCUGUAGCGUUUAGUGCAAAAUUGUUAUCAAAAUUUGUGAAAAAAUCAAAUUAAGUUGUUUGGAAAUUGGAGCUCAACAGUGAAGUUUUAUUUGGGUGCCAGCAAAGCCUUGGAGUAUCGAAAAACCUACCCUCGCGGUAUGGUUAGUUUCCCUAUGGAAAGAAAAUGAAUGGGUCAGACGAAAAAUCAAUUUUACUGCUCGUUGGAAAGCGAUAUUUUUACUGUAUCUACGCGUGAAAAUUGUCAAUAUAAUCGUCUGGUGAAAAGGAUACCGUUUUUUCGUGUAAGGGGAUGUGGCGAGAAGUUUAAUUGAAAUUAAAAAUUGUAAUGAAACGAAACACGUCAGAAAUAGGUGUGGUGCGUUGUCGUGUUGUGUGUGUGCACGGAGAAAAGCUGGUGAAAUUUUCCCGAUAGCGAAGCUUCCUUGGGUGGCAACAGCGGUAAUAUCACAGUAGCCAGGGAGCACAGGAUAUACACAUCUUGGGUGCUGCAGCCAAGCCCAGUGUAGUGUUGUGAACCCUGCUCAUCGCUAGAAGUGCUGACUGAGCGAGGGCAAGUUUUCAUUCUCGCAGGGCUUGCUCUCGUUUUUUUUCGGCACUUGGCAAGCGUAUGAUGAAGGCAGGCGACAUAAGGAUCAGCGGAUAGUUGACACAAGGCGGAUAAGCGAAAGUUGUGCUACUUUUGUUUUGUGCUGAGAGAGCCGAUCGUGUUGCAAAAACAAAGAAACUUUUGUAAACAGAAUCAAAUAGUCACGAGGGACCGCGAGUGUUAUCCUGCGCGAAAAAUGGCUGUUCCGGUGUUUUUGGAUGGCCGCGUUGGCUCGUCGUCCCCGGAGAAGGGUGUUCCGGAUAUGACCUGCAUUUCGGACAUCGAUGAGAAUGGAAUCAAUCGCAACCUUAAAGUUCGCUACGAACGCGAUCAGAUUUAUACGUACACGGGCUCGAUUCUGGUCGCCGUCAAUCCGUACAAGGAGAUUGAAUGCUACACACAGGAAUUUGUAUCCAAAUACCAUGGCCAGAAACUGGGACUACUGGAUCCGCACGUUUUUGCAUUGGCCGAGGCAGCCUACCGAAAUAUACGGGAUAACAAUACCAAUCAGUCAUGUGUCAUAUCGGGUGAAUCGGGAGCAGGAAAAACCGAAACCACUAAGUUCAUUCUUCAAUAUCUAUGUUCGGUAACAUGUGACGUUUCGACUUGGGUUCAGCAGCAGAUUCUUGAAGCAAAUACCAUUCUGGAAGCUUUCGGUAAUGCUAAAACUAUCCGAAAUGACAACAGCUCACGCUUCGGAAAGUUCAUGCAAGUGUGCUUCGAUUCAAAGUGGUGCAUUAGAGGUUGCAUCAUCCAAGACUACUUGCUGGAGCAGUCCCGGAUAACGUUUCAGAGCCCAGGAGAGCGGAAUUAUCACGUCCUGUACCAGUUGGUGGCCGAGGGCAGGAACAAUAAAGAACUGGCCACCGCGUUACAUCUGAAGGAUGCCUCGUUUUACCGGUAUCUGAAUUCUUGCGGGGCAACCGGGGAAGCGAUUAUGGAUGUCGCAGCAGAAUCGAAAAAGUUCGAAGCCUUACGAUUGGCUUUUAAUGUACUGCAGAUCUCACAACCUCUAAUCGAUGGAAUUUUUAGAGUUUUAAGUGCCAUAAUUUGGUUAGGUAAUUUAAAUUUCGCUGAUAUCGACGGCGAACGGUGUGAGCUGGCUCCAGAAGACAAGGAUAUCGUGCCUAUAGUUGCGGAAUUGUUGGGCUUACAGGAUAUUGAUCUGGAGCAAGUGCUUUUGAAGCGACAGAUCAACGUACGGGGGAAUAUCACGGAGAUACCUCUGAAGUUACAGGAAGCCCGGGAGAAUCGACAUGCCAUGGCGAAGGCGCUUUAUUCGAGAACUUUUGCUUGGUUAAUCAGUCACAUCAAUACGUGCAUCAAUCCGGGUCAAGAUGCGUCACUGUUUCUUGGAGUUCUAGAUAUUUUUGGUUUCGAAAACUUCAAUACAAACUCGUUCGAACAGUUGUGCAUCAACUAUACCAACGAAAAGUUGCACAAAUUUUUCAAUCAUUACGUCUUCGCAUUAGAACAAGAAAUUUAUCGCCAAGAGGAGAUCAAGUUUUCCCACAUCCAGUUCACUGAUAACACUCAGUGUUUGGAGCUGAUCGAAAAACCACCGCGUUGUAUUCUGAAACUGCUCACCGAGCAGUGUCACAUGCCGAAGGGUUCGGAUACGGCCUACCUCACGAAUCUUCACACCGAAUUUGAAAGUCAUCCAUGCUACGUCAAAGGUCAAGAUCGCCGUCAUUGGGAAUCGGAGUUCGGCAUUCGGCAUUACGCCGGCUGUGUCAGCUACACCGUUAAGGGUUUCGUCGACAAGAAUCGUGAUGUUCAGCAGGAUGUGUUGUUCGAUCACAUGAGCAGGAGCUCUAACACAUUCGUACAGGAAAUUUCAUCCUUCCAGGAUCUACUAUCGAUCCAACAGGUACAGUCGGCACCAGCUGCUGGAACCGUUUCGCGGGGAACAUCUAAAGGCAAACUAACAGUCAGCGAUACAUUCCGACAGCAGUUGCAAGCAUUGGUUGAUGUUCUACAGAGUACGAAUCCAUGGUAUGUAAGAUGCAUCAAACCCAACGCCGACAAGUUAUCAAACGACUAUGAUGACCAAAUGGUUCUGGAUCAGUUGCGAUACCUCGGUAUGUUGGACAUUAUCCGAAUCCGUCGGGAAGGUUUCCCCGUCCAUCUGACCUUUGACGAUUUUGUGCAGCGAUAUCAGUGCCUAACGAAACGCUUCCGGAAUCUCUCCAGCAAGGAUCAAGCAUUGUGCGUGAUCCGAGAACUUAAUGUACCACCGACGGAGUGGCAAACGGGCAAAACCAAAGUAUUUCUGCGAAGUGUAGUCCAUGAACCGCUGGAGGACGCACGCAAGCAGGUUAUCAACUCCAAAGCACUAGUCAUCCAGCGAAACUGGAAGCGAUUUAGUCAGCAGCGAAACUAUCGGAAAUUUCGCGCUGCCGCUCUACAGAUCCAGCACGCCUACAAGGGUUGGAAGCUACGAAUCGAAUUUCUCAAGAAACGCCGCGCGGCUAUCGUUAUCCAAAGUCAUCUGCGGGGUGUUUUCGCUCGUGAGGUGGCCGCAGCGUUACGUGAAAUGCGUCGCGUAGACGAGGAAAUGCGCAAACGGGAACGAAUGGAAGCGGAACGGAGGGAACGAGAAGCCGCCCAGGCGGAAGCCGACCGGAAAGCGCUGGAGGAAAGUGAAAGGGUCGCUAAGCAAGAGAUCCUAGCGCUGUCGCAAAUGGCCGAGCAAAUUAACUCCAAGCUACACUCGCAGCAGCAGCAGCAUGCCGCCAAUAACAAUCUGGGUGUCACCGGUGGUGCCGGUGCCAUUUCCGCCGGUAGCAAAGACUCGCAGCUGAACGGCAAUGUGGUGCCGGGUAGCGCCGGUGCUGCACCGGCCGGUAUUGCCUCCGCUAACCACGCCCAUCAGCAGAGUAACGAAUCGGUUGAUCUUGAUAAUCUGUUCGCCUUUCUUAGCGAGGUGCAACCGAAUUCCAACGCCAUCAUCGACGAAAUUGGCGAAAAGAUGGAUCAUUUGGUGGAAGAUUUGGACGUCGAGCUCGAGUCGGUAAUACAGCAGGAAAUCGAAGGAUUGACCAGUGAGCGGAAUAAUAAUGUCAACAGCAAGGCAGCACUCGUCAACGGAAUUGGGGCAAACAAUAACAACAACAAUACCAUCGUCAAUAAUAAGCCGACAACGCCGAAGCCAAUGGGAGUCCCAUCGUUGCCCGAGCCAACCAUGCCGCCACCUCCGAUUCCGGUCGACAACAACAAUUGUGCACCUCCGGUGGGCCCACCAACAUUAGCGUCAUCAAUGACGCAGGUUCGUCGCAAGGAAGAGCCCAUCUACGAAGCAGUUAUACACCUAAAAGAGCUACCUCCGCCACCGGAAAUUCAUGAGAAAGCUCCUACCGUCCCACAGCAUCAGCCACCGGCUGCGCCGAAUCAUCAGCAUCAUUCCACCAUGCUACAACAACAACAACAACAACAACAUCAACAGCAGCUGGCAGCUCACCAGCAGCAAUUGCAGCAACAAUUGCAACAGCAGCAACAGCAUAACAAUCAUGCUCCUCCUCCGCCGGUGCACGCUCACGGUGUAAUCCAUCAACCGGUUCAUAUGGAGAACGGAGGAGCGCACAAGUUGCGUCCUAAGAGUCCAGCCGUGAUUCGUUCAGCCAGUCCUGUUCAACGUGGCUCCGGAGGGCCAAUGAGUCCAUCUUCGCCGAAACACAGUCGACCAAGCUCACGGACUUCAUCGACGGGUGGUGGCCAUCCGUACGCCGAGCGGGAGCAACGCAGAAAGUAUCGAGUGGAAAAGAAGCUGCAGGAAAUGCAACAGAUGGACAUAACGGAACGAGAGAAGGAACUAUUGCGGGACGACGUUUACUAUGACAUCUUGGAGUUUGCCGAAAGUUUCUACAAUACUCACGAGCGUUCACCAGAAGGAACCAUAAUGGCGACAUUAACCCGAAAGGGUCGAAAAUCGGUCGAUAUGGUACCGAAGUAUGAGAUGAUCACGUACUAUCGUGGAAAUACGAUCCCGUCGUCGCACAUUCAUAUGUAUGAUCCGGAGAAUGUCACCAUAGCGUGCAAUAUUUUUAGGGAUCUUUGCAAAUACAUUCGGGGUGAGUUGAACACGGAACGUGAACUGCAGGUGAUUCAAUUCAUCAUCGGGCAGGGUAUCGAGCGGGAAGAGCUACGUGACGAGAUCUUUGUGCAAUGUAUGCGGCAAGCUACCAACAAUCCGAGCGUUGAGUGGACUGAUCGGGUGUGGCUAUUACUGUGCCUCACGAUUGUCGCAUUCCAACCAAGCAAAAUGCUAUUUCGCUAUUUUGUGAGUUUUCUGAAGAAAAAUUUGGAAUCGUUGGAAGGAAAACUACGGCAAUAUGUGCAGUGGUGUCUGGAUAAUUGCAAAAACACUAAAGUUCGGUGCCGGCAGUAUCCGCCCUCCAGUGUGGAAGUUGCGGCCAUGCGUCGGUUAGGAACGAUCGUGUGCCGGUUCUUCUUUUUAGAUGGCCGUACGAAGGCUAUCGAUGUACACCCGACGGAUACGGCUAGCGACGCAGUUGCGAAACUAGCCGAGAAGCUGGGCCUGUGUAACAUCGAAGGAUGGGCCAUUUAUCAGUCACGACCAGAUGGUGAAGAACACGUGAAAUCCCACGAUUAUCUGUACGAUAUUAUUGCCGCUUGGGAAUCUAAGCAAACCAAGAUUCAUGCCGGCAGUUCGACAUUGCGGAAAAACGCCACAACCCUGGGUUCGGGCGAGAAUCGUUUUGUAUUCAAGAAGCGUUUGUUCAAAAGUACUCGCGAACUGUCACAAGACCCGGUGGAGGUUAACAUGCUAUAUGCGCAGGCCGUUUACAGCGUAGUGAAGUGUGACGAUUUUCCUGUUUCCGAAAAGGUGGCUCUACAGUUGGCUGGUCUGCAAGCCCAAGUGGCACUGGGCGAUCCUUCCAACCAACCCAAACCGGAAUACUACUCGGAUGUUGCAAGUUAUCUGCCGGAGAGGAUUUCAAAAACCCGCGAAGAGCAAUUUUGGGUACCAAUUCUGGCCCAAGCUCACCGCCAGUACGGCUCCGGCCGUACGGAACUAACCGCUAAGGUCUUGUAUCUUUCCUGUGUGAUGCAGUAUCCGCUAUAUGGUACCACAAUGUUUCCUGUUUCGUAUCGGGGCUAUUGGAACUACGGAAACAGCCUGAUCCUCGGUAUAAAUUGCGAGGGUAUUAUACUGAUAAAACCGGACGAUAAGUUUGUGCUGUACGAAUUUCGCUACAGCGACAUCGAGUCGAUCAUGCUAGAUCCGAGCGAUAGCUUCAUUACGAUCAGUCUUAACCGCCAUACAAGCACAACAACCACUGCCGAACAGCAGCGAUGCUUCGUGUUUGAAACGUCGCAGAAGAACGAGAUUGGUUCGCUGAUCGUAUCCUACUUCCCGGCGCUCUCCAAUUGGCUUACGGAGAAUGAGGUCCCCGCGAAGAAAAACAAGGGGAUCACCAACGAAGAUCGCGUCAGGCUGCAUCAUAAUGUGGUUGUAUGCCGGCGUCACCUGGUGGAUGCCGAGAUCCUGCGGAAGCCUCAAGACCCUAGCGGUGGUUUUCUGAGGAACACAUUGCGGCGAUUGUCCAAGCAUCGACUUGAAAAACUCCGAGCAGAACACGGCAGUUCAAUGCAUGAUCACGGUGAGACCUACAAAGGCUUUCCGCAUGCCUAUUGGGCGUUCAGCAGACAACCAUUGCCGCAAAGUUUGAGUAAACUUCCGGACCAAGAGGAACAGGCUAUGGUUCAAGUAUUCAACUCGAUUCUGACCUAUGCGGGAUUGGGACAAAAUGGUGAAACUGUUCAACGUGCCGAAGAUGAACACAUAACCCUGAUACAGUCGAUUAUGGAUCGUUGUAUGCGGAAAGAAUCACUCCUAAAUGAACUUUACCUGCAGCUGGUCAAGCAGACCACCGAUCAUCCGGAUCCCAACUCGCGCGUCAAUCUUCGCCAUUGGGCAUUGCUAUCGCUAGCGUGUAGUGUAAUUCUUCCCCCGCAGAAAGUAGUUAGGAAAUAUUUGAUAGGCCAUUUGAAGCGAUGCGCAAGCGAUUUUAUUUCCGAGGAAGGCAAGUAUGCACGUUUCGCGGAAAAGUGUUUCUUCAAAACACAAGGAACCCGUCGACGACAGUGGCCUCCGAGUCGAGAAGAGAUUGUGUGUACGAUCAAUCGGAGACCGAUCUACGCUAGGUUCCACUUCAUGGACGGACAGUAUCAUUCGGUCGAAUUCCAUCCGAGCUCAACUUCUCGGGAGGUGAUGGAGAUUGUUAAGAAAAAGAUUGGCUUGCAGGAAAACGCACAAGGAUAUGCAAUCUACGAGGUAUUAGGAGCUUCCGAGCGUAGCUUACUGCCCGACGAAAAAGUAGCAGAUGUGAUGUCGAAGUGGGAAAAGUAUCGCACUGCCGCUGCCCAGGCGGUACAACAGAAUCAGAGUUCUAAUCUUCCACCGGCGUGCAGGAGACAACAUCAUUUGUUCUUGUUCAAGAAGCACCUGUUUUGUGACCAGUACAUGAACCUGGACGAUCCGGUAGAGAAAGAACUACUCUACCAUCAAGUGCUGCAUGGUUUACGAACCGAACGGUUCCCUAUUUCCGAGAUGGAAGCGAUAAUGCUGACAGCUCUGCAGGGUCAGUUGGAAUUAGGCGACUGCACAGACGUGGUUCAGGAUUAUCGUGCGAUUGCGGCCCACUGUCUACCGCCACGCUUCGUUCCGAACAUCCCGCACGAGGGCGUGGCCAUGCAUCAUCAAAGCUUACGGGGAAUGACUUCUGCCGAGGCGAAGAAGUCCUUCCUCAAUCUAAUUCAAAGCUGGCCCUUGCACAAGGCGACCAUCUUUGAUGUGAUGCAAUCGUUCACUUCCAACUGGCCCCGGAUACUGUGGCUGGCGGUAGAUCAGAAGGGUCUGCAUCUGCUGGAACAUCGUUCGCGGAACACACUGUGCACAUACGACUACCAAUCGAUUUUGUCGUUCUCGCCGAAUAUGAACUGUCUGAUGAUCAUCACCGGGUCUGACAAGAAGCAGUCGAAAGUGAUUCUGACGACUUCGCAGGCUUUCCAAAUUUCCAACCUCAUUCGUGAGUACAUGGAGGUGAUUCAGUCACAGCUCAGCGAUGAAUCCCAGAAGGAAAAUAACGACGGAAAUGCAGGAGCCCCACAAAUUCCACCGCACAAUCAGCCGCUUCCGCCGCCGCAUCAAAAUCUAUCACCAGCGCAGCAACAACAGGCGAUGGAACUGCGAAAGGGCGGCCAACGGCCUGCCUCGAUGUUAUUACGGCAGUCAAGUGCUGCUCUGGUCGCGCCACAACCAAGUUAAGUAGAAUUAAACGUUAUUUAUUGAAUUGCAGAUGAAGGUUUUUAACAUCAAUCGCAGUUGCAGAGUAUUAGCAUAAAUCACUGUAGUAAUAUAAAUAAUUCGAACGAUAUCUAUAUUAUAACAUGUUUUGGCAAUGUAUGUGUGAAAAGAGACUGAAAAGUGGACUAACGUGAAGGUUGUCUAUUGGUAAGCUUCUCCGCAAGCUUCAUGGAAGAGAAGAAUAUAUAAAAUAUGAUAGAUCUCAUUCAAGACGCAUGGAAAUCAAAAUUUUCUUACAAAAAAAUAUAUCAUGUCAUUUUUACGUCAUACUAAAAUAAACAAAAAUAAAUAACUUAAACACACAAAGAGUAUCGCUGCCGUAAACCCACAUUGCAAAAAGAAUAUAGUCACAGAUUAACUGCCAAAAAUUUUGAUUUUCGCUGCGUCGUUGAAAUUCAGAUCGUUUUUGCAAUUGAAAGUAUAAUCUCAUACUGGCAAGUGUUUUCAAUCAAUUUUUUCCUUUUAUUUCAAUGGUGCUUUGAUGAUCUCAGUUAGCAGAACAUUACUAUAGAACAGAACCGAUUCUCAACAUUUGCUCAUUGAAAUGUCGGAACGUCGACAAAAGUUGCGGUAGUUUCCGAAGCCUGGCUUGUUAA